CCUACUGGCUGGGAUGGUGCUCUGUCCACAUCUUCAGAUCACAUUUGAAUACAUCUGUUCCCACCUCUCUAUGAUGGGUGGCACUGGAGGCAAAGACAGUGUUGAGGCAAUUCUGACGUCAGGAGCAAUCUUUGACAAUUGUUCUUUUUUGGGAUUAGGAAUUCCCCCCACCCUCCCUUCCUCCUUCCCAUUUCCAGCUAAUCCUGCCCCCUCCUUUUGGCCACAAGCUCCAGAAGAAAAAUCUUUCCUCAACAUCAAUUGCCCCUGAGUGAAGUGGAGAGGAGUGGUGGGGGGUUGGGGGAGCAUUAAAAACUGGAAGAGCCAGCUGAUCUGGAAGAAUGCAGGAGCUGCAGCUUUCAGUCUAGAGAGAGAGAGAGAGAAAACACUGCGGCGGCGGCGGCGGCGGCAGCAAACUCCCAUCGCAGCUCGUUCCAUGAACCAUUCUCCACUUACAGUCCGGGUGCAUGCCCGGGCUACGGACACUGCCUCCGCUGGCCUGCCAUCCUGAGCUGCCCCUCGGAUCCCGGCGCUUGUUGUGAAAUUGUGUGUAUGUGUGUGUGUGUAUAUGCUUCUGCUUCGCCCAUCCCUGGCUGUGAGCCGGAGGUCACCGUGUAAAUAGGGACCCUAAAAUGUGGAGACUCCACGAAGAGCGAAUGUCUGGUUUUUGCUCAUUUCUCACAGGUCUGUCAGUCAUGUGCUGGCUACAAAGUGUCAAUGGACUUGGUAAUAUUUCCCUGGUUAAAAGAACGGUCGACAGAUUGCUCAGAGGAUAUGACAUUCGCCUUAGACCCGAUUUCGGAGGGUCUCCAGUUACGGUGGGGAUGAGUAUUCAUAUCGCCAGCAUAGACAUGAUCUCUGAAGUUAACAUGGAAGUUGGUUCACUCACUGAAAGACAAAGGACAAUGGUGAUCAUCUCCUGUCCUGCGGGGUUCAGCAGAAUCAUCAGACCCGACCUGGGGCUCAUGGACCUGUUUAAAUGAGAGAGACUUGCUUUCAUAGACAACUGGGGAAAAGUACAGCAGCAAGGAUUAUACCAUCACCAUGUAUUUCCAACAAGGUUGGAGGGAUAAGCGUCUGUCAUAUACGGCUCUCCCACUCAAUCUCACCCUGGACAAUAGGGUGGCUGAUCAGCUUUGGCUUCCAGACACUUACUUCCUGAACGACAAAAAAUCCUUCCUUCAUGGGGUGACUGUGAAAAACCGCAUGAUCCGCCUACACCCUGAUGGUACUGUCUUGUAUGGACUCAGGAUCACCACCACUGCAGCUUGUAUGAUGGAUUUGCGCAGAUAUCCCCUGGAUGAGCAGAACUGUACUUUGGAAAUAGAGAGUUAUGGAUACACGACAGAUGACAUUGUGUUUCACUGGGAAGGUGACGAUGCAGCUGUGACUGGGGUAGACAACCUUGAACUUCCUCAGUUCACAAUUGUCAAACUGAACUUGCUAUCAAAGGAGGUUGUUUUUGCAACAGGCUCAUACCCUCGCCUGUCGCUCAGUUUUCGAAUCAAGAGGAACAUUGGCUAUUUUAUUCUGCAGACCUACAUGCCAUCAAUCCUUAUCACCAUCCUGUCCUGGGUCUCUUUCUGGAUCAAUUACGAUGCUUCAGCUGCACGAGUGGCCCUUGGUGUUACCACUGUACUGACCAUGACCACCAUCAACACCCACCUACGGGAAACCCUCCCAAAGAUCCCUUACGUUAAAGCCAUCGACAUCUACCUGAUGGGCUGCUUUGUUUUUGUGUUCCUCGCCUUGCUGGAGUAUGCCUUCGUCAAUUACAUCUUCUUCGGCAAAGUCCCAGCCCAGCCAAAAAAGCCAACAGGAAAAGCCAGCAAGAGCAACACAGAGAGAGGACGACUCGGGAAUACCAGAGUCGAUGCACAUGGAAAUAUCCUCUUAAGUACAUUGGAACUGAAUGAUGAAGUCCUCCCAUCAGAGGUUGCCAGCAGUGUGAGUGAUUCACGCAAUUCCGUCAUGUCCUUUGACAGCUCUGGGAUCCAGUUCCGUCGAGUCGGAUCCAGAGAUGGUCUAGGGCUAAGCACUAGGGAGCAAAACAUAGACCGUGACCCCACCAAGAGCCGCCUCCGUCGCCGAUCCUCCAAACUCAAGCUGAAGAUCCCAAAGUUGACAGAUGUCAGCGCCAUUGACAAAUGGUCCCGGGUGGUGUUCCCCAUAACGUUUGGCUUGUUCAAUGUGAUUUACUGGCUGCACUAUGUGCACUGAGGGGGUGGGGAUGCCAGGGUAGGGGAUAAAGAGAAAGAGAAAAAGAAAGAGAGAGAAAGAGAUGGACAAGUCACAUGGUCAUCUUAAACCAACUGCCAACUUCAUGUGACCAGGACUUUGUACACAUGUAAAAAAGAAGGACAAUUAGGAAAGGUCUUAACAUCCAUUGGGAAUGUUCUGUCACCUUUCCAUUGCCAGCUGUUUUGUUUCCCCUGAAAUCCAAACAUGGCUUUGCAACUUUCUGCUGUUAAUGGUGCAUGAUGAUCAUUUCAAACCUGUACAAAUUACAAACUCUAUUGUAGAUGGCUUUCGUAGACUGCUGCAUCCACUGACAAACUAUCACUUUGAAUGACUGAAUCCACCUCAUUUAUAAAGCAUGGUUGAGAGAAAAUACUGGGGCAGAGUGUGCAAGAAAAAGGAGAAGUCACUGAUGGAGGAGUAAAGGUUAGAAAUAUAAGCAAUUUGCAGUUAGCUCUUCUAAACCAUGAGCCCAGAGAGGAAAGCUCCAUUAAGAUUGGUUCCUGUGGCUUGUUGUCUGCUGUAAAGAGGAGGAGCAGAGAGUUCUGCAGGGAGGCUUAUGGGUGUAAACCUGUUUACAAGGAGCGCAUGCUGAAUUUGAGCUGUAGACUAGCCUCAUGGUUAUGAUCUGUCUUCCACUGGUCAAAUAUGUUCGUGUUUGUUGUUCAAAAAGGAGACCUUUGGAGUCCAGUCUAUAGCCAUGUACUAACCCACCUCCAUCUUAUCCUUCACUCCUAGUUGGCAGUGGCUGGUUGUUGCUCCUCUUGCAUUGUCUGUCCAGACAUGAACCAACCUGAAUCAACUUAGCCAAUGACCUACUCAACUACACACGUAUAUCUGCCCGUUGGACUCCUCUUUGCCAUGAAUGAGUCGUGGGCACUGACUGAGAAGUGGACAUUUCCUUUCAGUCUUCAAGCAAAACAUUGCCUGUGUUUUUACGGCAGUAAAUGCCCAAACCCCUGUCCACUGACAACUUGUGGUCACAUAGGUUUGGCAGUGUUACACCAGGCCAAGAUUGAAAUUAUUCAGAAAGGCUUCAUAAUUGUGAUCUAUAUCACCUUGAGUUUAGGUAUGAGGACCAUCUCGUCAAGAUUCUAAAAUAAUAAGUGUGGGAUGAUGGGGUGGUAGGAAGAAGACAGGCACAUGGUUGAGUAGGGGGGAGAAGAUGGGAAAUGGUGGCAAGGAGAGGGAUAAUGCAGGGAAAGGGGCAAUUAAGGGCAGGAGGAGUGAAG